UCACAUGGUUGAAGGGGGCCCGAACGCCGCGCUUCGGAGUCCGUCUUCCUCUCGGCCUGCGCAGAAUCGCAGGAGACGGGUAAAAUCCCGCUGAUUCGCUCGGUCCUCGCCCGUCGGCUCGCUCGAGGCACCGGCUCCGACACUGCUUGGCGAUUUCCCCCGUGCGACCCCCGGCGAUCUGAGCGCGUGACUCCGCUGCCCGCCGCCGGGCUCCUUCUCCGCGCCAGCGGUCGUCCCCCCUCCUCCCGCGGCAGCCGUCCCCUCCCCGAGGGUCGACGGCCGUGCCCUCCUCGAGGGUCUAGGUAAACUUUUCGAUCUAUUGCGAUCCCAGAGCUCUGCCGCCGUUGAAACCACGGGCUCGUGGUAACUUGUUGUCGUCGGAGGGAUCCCCGAUGGCCGCGGAGGCAGAUCAGAAAGUCGUGGUGCACGUGCGGUCAACGGGCGAUGCGCCGAUCCUGAAGCAAUCCAAAUUCAAGAUUUCAGGACGAGAUAAGUUUCUGAAGGUCAUAGAGUUUCUUCGUCGACAACUGCAUCAGGAUACACUGUUUGUCUAUAUCAACAGUGCAUUUUCGCCAAACCCAGAUGAACUGGUAAUAGACUUGUAUAAUUGCACAUGAAUCAACCAGUGCUGGAGAAAACGUCGUCUUUUGAGCCAAAGCAAUUUAUAAAGCACAAGCCGAAACGAGAAAGCUGUUUGCCUCUAUUUACAAGGGAAUUGCGGAUUCCAUUCUGUAAUGCAUCGCAAAUACUAGUUUAGUUCAUUAUUGCUGCAACAACUUUCCUGUAAUGCACCGCAAAUACUCCGUUUACUCUAACUUUCCUCUUCCUGUCUA